AUGGCUAACAGGAGGAGGAGGAACACCGCUGGAGCUGACGACAUAGCUCAGGCGAUCCAUCGUAUGGUGGACGCGAUGCAGCCCAUAGCAGCGCCAUCCAGAGCUGUAGUGGCACCUACCAGGCCAGUAUCUAUGGAGGAUUUCAUGAAACAUUGGCCGACCAAGUUCUCUGGCAAGGUCACUCUUGAUGAGGCAGAUGCCUGGAUACGGGAGUGUGAGAAGAUCUGUCGGGUGUUGGAAUGCACGGAUGAGCAGAAGUUGUUGUUUGUCACAUUUCUCCUGGUGGCAGACGCGGAGUACUGGUGGCAGGGGAUGCAGCAGUUGAUUGCGAGGCAUGAGCGGGAAGCAGAGUUCCUCACGUUGCAGCAGGGAACCAUGAUUGUGGAGGCAUACAUUAAGAGGUUUGAGUACCUUGCACGUUUCUACACUCCGGUGGUCACUGAGGAUUGA